AACAGUAAUUUAUGGCGAAAACGAUUUAGUUUAUAAUCGCACUCAAGCAUUGAACCGUAUACUGUCAGUGAUCAUGACCGAGGACACCUUUCACCACGUGAUGCGGCCAAUCAUUGUGCCGGCACAGUUUCUGGGAAUGUUUCCGAUUUUGGGAGCAACCUGACCGUCUUCCGCCACACUACAGUUCCGGUGGACGUCCGUUCGAGCGGUUUGGAGUGUUGUCGUUAUAUCCUGUGCGCUCCUUAUGGCAACGGUCGAGAUUCGUCGUUUAUCCCGCACCGGAAUUAACUUUUCCAACGUCGUUUGGGCGUAUUUCUUCAUCGAUACGGCAAUGAUUACCAGUUUGACAGUCCACAUAGCUCUUGGUUGGAAGCGGUUUAUCCUAGAGGUGGACAAGCUUGAGCGGAUAUGGUUGACAUGGCCCUACAACCUUCUCAAAGUUCGCUGGAAAUACACUUGCUGGUCCUUGGCGGUGUUUUGGAUGGCACUAGCAAUUGUGGAGCAUUGCAUGGCUGCAUACGUCCAUGUGUACACUCAGUACCGGGAAUCUCUUCGCUGUAGAUGGCUGUACUCCAAUACAAUUGAGAAUUACGCCCACCGCAACUAUUCUUAUAUUUUCAACUGGAUGCCGUACAACGUUCCGGUUUUGCUUUUCGUUCGAUAUAUUACCUUUGCGGUUACGAUGGCGUGGACAUAUCAGGAUGUUCUUAUCAUGGUUGUCAGUGUGUACAUUAAAACCCGCUACAGGCAGUUUUUCUGGCGUGUUGAAGCUUCUUGUGGUGGAGUUGUGCUUCCCAGUAGUUCAUUUUGGGUGGAAGUACGAGAGCACUACGUUAUACUGAGUGAGUUCUUGGAAAGCGUAGAUAAGACGUACUCAGUAUUGGUCAUAAGUUCCUGUGUCAACAAUAUCUUCCUGAUAUGUUACCUGUUUUUGCACAGCUUAAAGCCCCACGCAUACACAAUAUCGUUCAUCUAUUUUUGGUACUCACUUUUCUUCUUCACGGGACGCACCGUGGCGACACUUUGGACGGCUUCCGAGGUACAUCGGGAGAUAAGAUCCGCCCUGCGGAUGAUUCAACGCAUUCCCAGCGAAGCUUGGUGCUCAGAGCUCGAACGGUACUACUGGCAGCUUCGAGCGGAAGUCGGAGCACUUUCCGGAAGCCGUUUUUUCUAUCUCACCCAUCAGACAUCGUUCACAAUUGCAGCAGUAAUUUUCACCUACGAGCUGGUGAUGAUAAAGUACUCUAGGAUGGCUGCAGUUGACGUUGGAAUUCCGGAAAACUGUUCUGCCAUGGCGUUCUCGCAGGAUUGAAUGUUGCAGGGGAACGAAGAAAUGUAUUUGCUUGGUUGGUGAAGAAUAAACCCACAACAAAUGCUGAAUAAAGC